AAAGAACGAAAGAGCAGCCGGGCGAUGCAGAAACGCCAAAGAAUUGAGGUGAGAACUGCUCUUUGACCGGGUAGUUGAUUUACAAGAACAACACUUCAAACAACCAGAAGUGUUUCCAGGCAAGGAGGCAACACGGAGAGAGUAGCAUGCAGAGGAACAUAAACACAUACAGAAUACACACCUGACAGAAAAUGGAGGCAGUGAGGAGGAGGUGGCAGGCAGACUGGAGGUAUCCCACUACUCUGCUGUGUAUCUACGGAUUCUUCAGCACAGUGAAACCCCUGGAGCCUUUCCUCACCCCCUACCUGACCGGACCGGACAAGAACCUGACAACAGAACAGGUGAACAACCAGAUCUUCCCGGUGUGGACGUACUCGUACCUCUCGGUGCUGGUGCCGGUGUUCCUGCUCACUGAUUGGCUGCGGUACAAACCGGUGGUUAUCUUCCAGUGUCUCUCCCUCUUCGCCACAACGGCCACGCUGCUCUGGCUCAGGAGUGUCGCAGCCAUGCAGGCCAUGCAGUUCUGCUACGGGGUGGUGACAGCCAGCGAGUGUGGUGGAUCUGAAGCGCUACAGGAAGGCCACGUCUUACUGCCGCAGUGUGCAGCUGCUGGGCUACACCGUGGGCUCCGUGCUGGGCCAGCUGCUGCUCAGUUUCCAGCUCAUGUCCUACGACAACAUCUGGUGUUCACUCUGGUUCUCACCUCCAUCGCUCUCCUCGUGGCCUGCCUCCUGCCAAUGCCACGGCAGAGCAUGUUUUUCCACAGAAAUAAAACAGUGACAGAGAGGAUAAAGACGCAUGGAGAUGGGACUGAGGGUUCAACAGAACACUCACAGAGAGCAAUGGUCUCCCUGGAGGAACCAAGAGAGGAAAUGGUGGAGAAAGAAGCAGGAGAAGGAGUUGAUGAAAAGGAUAAGAACCUUGAGGUUGGUGCGAGAAGCUGCAGCCAAGUCCUCCUCCAGCUGUGGAAAGACUUCCUCCAGUGCUACUCCUCCAGACAGCUGCUCUACUGGUCAGUGUGGUGGGCGAUGGCCACCUGCGGCUACAACCAGACAGCCAACUAUGUGCAGGUUCUGUGGGAGCAUGUGCAGCCUUCUCAAAAUGGCAGCAUCUACAAUGGAGGCGUGGAGGCAGUGUCCAACCUGUUAG